AUGUCAGGGCAAGCAUCAUUCUCCUGCUCCUCUUCCUUUGGCUAUGGCUUCACUUAUGAUGUGUUUCUCAACUUUAGAGGCUUAGAUACUCGCCACGGUUUCACUGGCAAUCUCUACAAAGCUCUCAAUGACAGAGGAAUCCACACUUUCAUUGAUGAUGAGAGGAUUCAAAGAGGGGAGGAAAUCACAUCAUCACUUGCAAAUGCAAUUGAAGAGUCCAGGAUUGCUAUCCCUGUGUUCUCUAAGAACUAUGCAUCUUCUUCAUUUUGUUUAGAUGAACUUGUGAUGAUCAUUGAUUGCAUUAAGGCAAAGGGUAGGUUGGUUUUGCCAAUUUUUUAUGAUUUGGAUCCUUCUCAUGUGAGACAUCAAAGUGGGAGUUAUGGAGAAGCACUUGCUAAGCAUGAGGAGAGGUUCAAACAUAACAAAGAGGAGUUCAACGAAAACAUGGAGAGAUUGGUGAAAUGGAAGAUGGCUCUUAAGCAAGCAGCUAACUUAUCCGGCAAGGAUUUCAAACUUGGGAACGAAUAUGAACAUGAGUUUAUAGGGAAGAUUGUUAAAGAGGUCUGCAACAAGAUUAAUCGUGCUCCUUUACAUGUUGCGGAUUACCCAGUUGGAUUGGAGUCUCGAGUCCUAGAAGUAAACUCGCUUCUGAAUGUUGGAUUUGAUGAUGGAGUUCACAUGGUAGGGAUCUAUGGAAUCGGUGGAAUGGGUAAAAGAACAAUUGCUCUAGCAGUUUAUAAUUAUAUUGCUGACCUGUUUGAAGGUUUAUGUUUUCUUGAUAAUGUGAGGGAGAAUUCAAUCAAAUAUGGAUUAGUUCAUCUCCAAGAGAUGCUUCUUGCAGAAAUUGUUGGAGAGAAGGAAAUUAGGUUAGGAAGUGUAAAUAAAGGAAUUUCAAUAAUAAAGCAUAGGCUUCACCGAAAGAAAGUUCUUUUGAUUCUUGAUGAUGUUAGCGAACUUGAGCAGUUGCGGGCAAUUGCUGGAGGAUCUGAUUGGUUUGGUUCUGGAAGCAGAGUGGUCAUAACAACUAGGGACAAGCAUUUGUUAAUAAGCCAUGGGGUUGAAAGAAUUUUUGAGUUAGAGGGUUUAAAUGAUAAAGAAGCUCUUGAAUUGCUUAGUUGGAAUGCUUUUAAAACUAACAUAGUUGAUCCCAGUUAUGUGAACAUUUUAAACCGUGCCAUAAGUUAUGCUUCUGGCCUUCCAUUGGCAUUGGAAGUAAUAGGUUCCAAUUUGUUUGGAAAAAGAAUAGAAGAAUGGGAAUCUGCAUUAAAUCGGUAUGAAAGGAUUCCUGAUAAAGGGAUCCAAAAGAUACUCAAAGUGAGCUUUGAUUCUUUGGAGGAAGAUCAGCAGAGAGUUUUUCUUGACAUUGCUUGUUGCUUCCAAGGUUAUGAAUUGGCAGAAGUUGAAGAUAUACUUCAAGCUCAUCAUGGUGUUUGCAUGAAAUAUGGUAUCAAUUUGUUGGUUCAAAAAUCCCUUAUAAAGACUGAUCAGAUUGAUCAUGUGCUAUUACAUGACUUGAUACAAGAUAUGGGUAGAGAAAUUGUUCGACUCGAAUCACCGGAAAAGCCUGGAAAACGCAGUAGGUUAUGGUUCCAUGAAGAUAUUGUUCAAGUUCUAGAAGAAAAUGGGGGAAGUAGUAAAACUCAAAUCAUAAAUCUGUCAAUCUCCAAAUCUGAAGAAGUAGUAGAAUGGGAUGGAGAGGCCUUCAAGAAGAUGAAAAACCUGAAAACACUCAUCAUUAAAAAAGGUCAUUUUUCUGAAGGUCCGAAACAUCUUCCAAAUAGUUUAAGAGUGCUGGAAUGGUGGGGAUAUCCAUCACAGUCUUUACCAUCUGAUUUUCAUCCAAAGAAAUUAGUUAUUUUCAAGUUACCCCACAGUUCCUUUAUGUCACGGGACUUGUCCAUGUUACUGAGGAAGAUGUUAGUGAAUGUCAGAGUUUUGAAUUUUGACAAAUGUGAAUACAUAACACACAUACCUGAUGUAUCUGGUGUCCCAUAUUUAGAAAAAUUAUCAUUUAGUCGUUGUAAGAAUUUAAUCAAAAUUGAUGAAUCGGUUGGAUUCUUGGAUAAACUUAGAAUCUUGGAUGCUCAAGGUUGCAUCAAGCUAGGGAGUUUUCCACCCAUCAAGUUGACCUCUCUUGAAGAACUCAAUCUUUCAUAUUGCUCAAGUCUUGAGAACUUUCCAGAGUUAGUAGGAAAGAUGGAAAACAUGAAACACCUUAGUUUGAUAGACACUAACAUAAGAGAAUUGCCAUUUUCUAUUCAAAAUCUUACUCAGCUUCUAAGUUUACAACUGCGAGAGUGUGGAAUGGUUCAGAUACCAAGUAGCAUUGUCAUGUUGCCAGAACUAGAAGAGUUAAGUGUUUGUGAAUGUGAAGGGUUGAAAUUGUAUGAACAAGAGAAAGGUGAAGUGCAAGUGAGCUCAAAGGUGUGUUCAAGAAUAGAAUGUGUUGAUCUGAGGAAGUGCAAUAUUUCAGAUGAGUUCCUUCCAAUAAUUCUGGCUUGGUUUGCCAAUGUUAAACAGUUAGACUUGUCAGGGACUAAUUUCACUAUUCUUCCUGCAUGCAUCAAAGAAUGUCACUUUUUGUGGGAAGUAAGAUUGGACAAUUGUGAGAAUCUUCAAGAAAUUAAAGGGGUUCCUCCUAACAUAAAACGGUUGUCUGCUAGAAACUGCACAUCAUUGACUUCCUCAUGUAGAAGCAUGUUACUAGAUGAGGAAUUGCACGCGGAGGGUGGAGACAAGACAUUUAUUUUGCCAGGGAAAAAGAUUCCAGAAUGGUUUGAGCAUAGGAGCAGGGAACCAACAAUUUCUUUCUGGUUUCGUAACAAGUUCCCUGCUUUGUCUCUGUGUAUUAUUACUCGAAAGAAUAAUAAGCAACUUAAAGAUGUUUAUUCUGCCCCAUUCGGUUUUCACCAUGAAUUAAUCAUCAAUGGAAAUAGAGAGUUCCCACUUAACCAAGGGUAUUACUCUUGGAUCUCAGAAGUAGAUGAUCACAUAGUAAUUUUUGAUAUAAACUUGGAAGAUAAUGUAGAUCUAGUAGUCUUAGAAAAUUCAUGGAAUCAUGUGGUGUUUUCCAUUGAUAUCCCUGAAAGGAAGCCUAUGGAUAUAUGGACCUUACAAACUGGACUUCAUGUAUUCAAAAAAAGAAAUAACAUGAAGGAUAUCCUAUUCACUUAUCAGCACAUGGAGCAGGACACAGAGUGGCCUUCUUUGCUUACAACUCCAGCAUUGAAUGCUAAUGUGAACUCGGAUUCAAAUUCAAUGGUGUCAAAGUGGAUAAUAAGUAGCACCACUAGUUUCCAAGGUAUGCAAGAGAAACAAAAUUUAACCUCCAUUGUCCAACAAAGCUUUGAAGGCUGUGAAAGCGUAAAUGAAGCCAAAGGAAAAGGAAUGAUAACAUGCAACAGCAAGGAUGAGGAGCACAAUGAAAGGAAUCCAUUAUUGGAGCUGUUAUCAAAGACAAAGGAGUAUCAGAUGGCAAGUGACAAAAACCAACAUGGCUCAAAUGAAGAAGAGAACAUGUGUUGGGAUCCGAUGGAAUUGGAAUGGCAAGUAACACAUUCAAAGCAUCUUGAGUGA